UUUGGAUUUUUGCUCUCGGAUCUGUACGUUUCUAGAAUGGCUCGCUUCGGAGAUGAUCUACCAACCCGCUAUGGAGGCGGUAGCCCGGCGGGGGCAGGGAGAGGGGCAAGCCGGCAGGGAGGCCCCCCGGGCGGCCAGAGGAUGUACAAGCAGUCGAUGGCCCAGAGAGCCAGGACAAUGGCCAUUUAUAACCCCAUCCCCGUCAAACAGAACUGCUUCACUGUCAACCGGUCCCUGUUCAUCUUUAGCGAGGACAAUAUCAUACGGAAAUAUGCCAAGAGAAUAACAGAAUGGCCUCCAUUUGAAUACAUGAUCCUCGCCACCAUAAUAGCAAACUGCAUCGUCCUGGCUUUGGAACAGCAUCUGCCUGCCCUCGACAAGACCCCCAUGUCAGAGCGACUGGAUGACACAGAGCCCUAUUUUAUUGGAAUAUUUUGUUUUGAAGCUGGCAUAAAGAUCAUCGCCCUGGGGUUUGCCUUCCACAAGGGCUCCUAUCUCCGGAACGGCUGGAACGUGAUGGAUUUUGUGGUCGUCUUAACCGGGAUCUUGGCCACUGUGGGCUCGGACUUCGACCUGCGGACGCUGAGGGCCGUGCGCGUGCUACGGCCACUGAAGCUGGUGUCCGGGAUUCCCAGUCUGCAGGUGGUGCUGAAGUCCAUAAUGAAAGCCAUGGUUCCUCUGCUGCAGAUCGGCCUCCUGCUCUUCUUUGCCAUCGUCAUGUUCGCCAUUAUUGGCGUGGAGUUCUACAUGGGCAAGUUCCACAGCACCUGCUUCAGGAACAACACAGAUGAGAUAGUAGAGGACUUCCCCUGCGGUCACGAGCCGCCGGCACGGACCUGCCCCAGGGGCACAGUGUGCCGGGAGUACUGGAUCGGACCCAACUUCGGCAUCACCAACUUCGACAACAUCCUGUUCGCGGUGCUGACCGUCUUCCAGUGCAUCACCAUGGAGGGCUGGGUGGACAUCCUCUACAAUGCCAACGAUGCCUCAGGAAACACGUGGAACUGGCUGUACUUCAUCCCUCUCAUCAUCAUCGGCUCCUUCUUCAUGCUCAACCUCGUGUUGGGAGUCUUAUCCGGGGAGUUUGCGAAGGAGCGAGAACGCGUGGAGAAGAGGCAGGAGUUCCUGAAGCUACGCAGGCAGCAGCAGAUCGAGAGGGAGCUCACCGGAUACCUGGAGUGGAUAUGCAAGGCAGAGGAGGUGAUGCUGGCGGAGGAGGACAGGAAUGCGGAGGAGAAAUCCCCACUGGAUGGAGCAUGGUACAAGAGGAAGCAGAACAACUCAGUGCUGAAAAGGGCAAAGGUCAAAAAGAGCAAGAACGACCUCAUCAAUGCGGAAGAGGGAGAGGACCACUUCACUGACAUCUCCUCUGUAGGGUCUCCCUUCGCCCGCGGCAGUGUGAAGAGCAGUAAGAACGACAGCUCCUCCUACUUCCGGCGGAAGGAGAAGAGGCUGCGCUUCUUCAUCCGGCGCAUGGUGAAGUCGCAGAGCUUCUACUGGACCGUGCUGUGCCUGGUGGGGCUCAACACGCUGUGCGUCGCCAUCGUGCACUACGACCAGCCCGACUGGCUCACCUACGCGCUCUACUUGGCAGAGUUCGUGUUCCUGGGCCUCUUUCUCACUGAGAUGAGUCUGAAGAUGUACGGACUGGGCCCCCGAAAUUACUUCCACUCGUCCUUCAACUGCUUUGACUUCGGGGUCAUCGUGGGAAGCAUUUUUGAGGUUGUGUGGGCGGCUGUCAAACCCGGGGCGUCCUUCGGCAUCAGCGUACUGAGGGCACUCCGUUUGCUCAGGAUAUUUAAAGUCACAAAGUACUGGAACUCUCUGAGGAACCUGGUGGUGUCUCUGCUCAACUCCAUGAAGUCCAUCAUCAGCCUGCUGUUUCUGCUCUUCCUCUUCAUCGUGGUCUUCGCGUUGCUGGGCAUGCAGCUCUUCGGAGGACAGUUUAAUUUUGAGGAUGAGACUCCAACGACAAACUUCGACACAUUCCCAGCUGCCAUUCUCACAGUUUUCCAGAUUCUGACAGGUGAAGACUGGAAUGCGGUGAUGUACCAUGGGAUUGAGUCUCAGGGCGGAGUCCAGCGGGGAAUGUUCUCAUCCAUCUACUUCAUCGUCCUCACCCUGUUUGGAAAUUACACCCUGCUCAAUGUCUUCUUGGCCAUUGCUGUUGACAACCUGGCAAAUGCACAGGAGCUCACAAAGGAUGAAGAGGAGCAGGAGGAAGCGAUCAAUAAAAAGCUUGCCCUCCAGAAAGCCAAGGAGGUGAAGGAGGUCAGCCCCAUGUCUGCGGCUAACAUUUCCAUCGCAGCUAAGGAGCAGCAGAAGUCCAUGAAGAUGAUGUCGGUGUGGGAGCAGCGCACGUCUCAGCUGCGCAGGCACAACCUGCUGGCGAGCAGCGAGGCGCUGUACAGCGAGCUGGACCCCGAGGACCGGCUGCACCUGUCCUCCGCCCUGCGCAUCCGGCCCAACAUGAAGACCCACCUGGACCGGCCCCUGGUGGUGGAGCCGUGUGACGGGUCCUCCGAGGAGCGCGGGGACCGGCCCCGGCCCGCCGACGGGGAGGGGGGCACCCCGGAGGAGGGGGACGCGCCAGGGGAGCCCCCGCCCCCCUCGCACCCGCGCAAGCACCACCGGCACCGCGAGAGGCCCGCGGAGGAGGGGAACGAGAACGGCGAGACGGGCGGCGGCAGGGAGGGCCGACACCACGUCCACCACAGCCGCAGCAAAGAGCACGACGGCUCACGGGGCAAGGCAGAGAGGAGCCGCAGCCGGGACGGGGGCCGCAGGCACCACCACCAGAGCUCCGUGGACGAGGGCGGGGGAGGGGGUGGGGGCGGGGGCGAGAAGGAGCACCACGGCCACCGGCACCACAGCCACCGUCAGCCCAAAGAGGGCAACGGCGUGGUCAACAACGGGGCCAAGGGUGAGCGGCGGUCCCGGCACAAAGACGGCUCCCGCUCGGCCAACCGGGAGGGCGAGAGGGGCCCGGGGGGUGCCAAGGGGGAGAACGGGGGUAAUGGCGAGCGGAGGCGGCACCGGCCCCGCGGAGGCAAGGCCCAGUCCGGCCCGGACGAGGAGCGCAGGGAGAACGGGGAGAAGGAGGAGGGCAAGGGACACGUGCACCACAGGGACAGACAGACAGAGGGGGAGGGAGACCCCCAGGCGGACACACCCCAGCAGGCCGUCACGGGCCAGAGGUGGUCCAGGGAGAAGCCGGAGGACUCAGACAACCAGAAGAACGUGAAGCGGACCGGCCAGAUGGCCGUGAACACCAACACGGUCCACAUACCCGUCACCAUCACUGCCCCACCCGAGGACACCACCGUCAUUCCCAUGAACAACAUUGACUGCGAGAACAUGCCCAUGAACGAGGAGAAGAAGAACCUGGAGGACCUGAGCAGGAGUGGCCCCAGACAAAUACUGCCCUACAGCUCCAUGUUUGUGUUCAGCCAAAGCAAUCCGGUGCGGCGACUGUGUCACUACAUGGUGAACCUGCGCUACUUCGAGAUGUGCAUCCUGGUGGUCAUUGCCAUGAGCAGCAUCGCCCUGGCCGCUGAAGACCCCGUCCAGGCCAGUGCCCCGCGGAACAACGUCCUCAAGUACUUAGAUUAUGUGUUUACGGGCGUGUUCACAUUUGAGAUGGUCAUCAAGAUGGUGGAUCUGGGCCUGCUGCUCCAUCCCGGCUCUUACUUCCGGGAUCUCUGGAACAUUCUGGACUUCAUCGUGGUUAGCGGAGCCCUGGUGGCGUUCGCAUUUUCGAGCUUCAUGGGAUCGCAACAAACUGUCACCAGAGGCACCAAGGGCAAAGACAUCAGCACCAUCAAGUCCCUUAGAGUUCUACGUGUCCUGAGACCCCUCAAAACUAUCAAGCGGCUGCCCAAACUCAAGGCCGUGUUCGACUGUGUGGUGAACUCCCUGAAGAACGUGCUCAACAUCCUCAUCGUCUACAUCCUCUUCAUGUUCAUCUUUGCCGUCAUCGCUGUGCAGCUGUUCAAGGGAAAGUUCUUCUACUGCACCGACGAGUCCAAGGGGCUGGAGAGAGACUGCAGGGGGCAGUUCUUGGACUAUGACAAGGAUGGGGUGACAGCCCAGCCGCGGGAGUGGAAGAAGUAUGAGUUUCACUAUGACAACGUGCUGUGGGCAUUCCUCACCCUGUUCACUGUGUCCACCGGAGAGGGCUGGCCCACGGUGCUGAAACACUCAGUGGACGCCACCUUCGAGGACCAGGGCCCCACACCUGGCUUCCGCAUCGAGAUAUCCAUCUUCUACGUGGUCUACUUUGUGGUCUUCCCCUUCUUCUUCGUCAACAUCUUUGUCGCCCUCAUCAUCAUCACCUUCCAGGAGCAGGGUGACAAGGCCAUGUCUGAAUGCAGCCUGGAAAAGAACGAGAGGGCCUGCAUCGACUUCGCCAUCAACGCCAAGCCCCUGACGCGCUAUAUGCCUCAGAACCAGCAGUGCUUCCAGUACCGCAUGUGGAAGUUCGUGGUGUCCCCGCCCUUCGAGUACUCCAUCCUCACCAUGAUCGCCCUCAACACCGUGGUCCUCAUGAUGAAGUUCCACGGAGCCCCUGAGCUCUAUGAGGCCAUGCUCAAGUACCUGAACAUCGUGUUCACGGCCCUCUUCUCUCUGGAGUGCAUCCUGAAGAUCAUCGCUUUUGGUCCUCUGAAUUACCUGAAGGACGCCUGGAACGUGUUUGACUUUGUGACCGUGCUGGGAAGUAUAACCGAUAUCUUGGUCACGGAGAUUAACACGGACAAGCUGUUCAAUCUGAGCUUCCUGAGGCUCUUCAGGGCCGCACGCCUGAUCAAGCUGCUGCGGCAGGGCUACACCAUCCGCAUCCUGCUCUGGACCUUCGUCCAGUCCUUCAAGGCCCUGCCGUACGUGUGCCUCCUCAUCGCCAUGCUGUUCUUCAUCUACGCCAUCAUCGGCAUGCAGGUGUUUGGGAACAUCGAGCUCAACGACGAGACGGCCAUCAACCACCACAACAACUUCCAGACCUUUCUGCAGGCCCUCAUGCUGCUGUUCAGGAGUGCCACGGGGGAGGCGUGGCAAGAGAUCAUGCUGUCGUGCCUGAGCCACCGUGCCUGUGACGAGCGGUCGGGCAGCAGGAGCAAGGACUGUGGCAGCGACUUCGCCUACUUCUACUUCGUCUCCUUCAUCUUCCUCUGCUCCUUCCUGAUGCUGAAUCUGUUCGUGGCUGUCAUCAUGGACAACUUUGAGUACCUAACCAGAGACUCCUCCAUACUGGGACCUCACCACCUGGACGAAUUCAUCCGCGUCUGGGCGGAGUACGACCCAGCAGCUUGUGGGAGGAUUGUCUAUAAGGAUAUGUACAAUCUGUUGCGCAUUAUCUCGCCUCCCCUGGGCUUAGGAAAGAACUGCCCUAAUAGGGUGGCUUACAAGAGGCUGGUAAAAAUGAACAUGCCCAUCGCCGACGACAACACGGUGCACUUCACCUCCACCCUCAUGGCCCUCAUCCGCACCGCGCUGGAGAUCAAGCUGGCGUCCGGGAUGGUGGCUCAGAGGUUAUGUGAUGCCGACCUGAAGAAAGAGCUGUCGACUGUCUGGCCCAACCUUUCCCAGAAGACCUUGGACCUGCUGGUGACACCACACAAACCCAAUGAGCUGACGGUGGGGAAGGUGUACGCAGCCCUGAUGAUCUUCGACUACUACAAGCAGAACAGAGCCAAGAGGCUCCAGCAGCAGCAGCAGCAGGCAGGCGGGGCCCAGAGUAAAGUGGGUGCCAUCUUCACCCCGAUGCUGCCAUUGACACCUAUGCAGGAUGAGGCCACGCCCAUGGGCAUUGUGAUGUCACCAUCUGAGCCCCAGCCCCAGCCCCGCCCACUGCCUGGCUCCACCUCUCUAAACAACGGGGGCGCUGUGCAAGGCCAGGGUGGCACCGUGAAAGAAUCCCCUUCCUGGGUCACAGAAAAGCCACAGGAAGGACAUCGACCGGGAGGCAAGCGGACAGUCCCGAGGGGCCAAUCAGAGGACAUUCCUAAUUCAGCCAGAGCUCAGGAGCUGGUGGAGAUGAAAAAGAUGCAUCACAGUUCCAGCACAGGGAGCCCCUCAGCUCUGGAGAGCCAGGGGAGGGCAGUGUCCAUGCCCAGACUCAACGCUGAGAUGCAGCCCAUCCCCGACUCGAGCCCGAUGAAGCGCUCUGUGUCCACCCUGGCCCCGCGGCGCCCCCCGGAGGCCAGUCUGCGGGACCAUGCCCCUGAGCGGCCGGCCCAGGAGAGACUGCAUCAUCAUCACCACCAUCACCGCUGCCACCACCGCAGGGACAAGGACAGGAAGCAGAGAUCACUGGACCGAUCCUCCCACCGACAGCCGUCCAGCACCGCGGGUACCCCAGGUGAUGCGCCAGCGGAGCUGCCGCCGCCGCGGGAACGCGACCGGGGUCGCUCGCACGAGAGGAAGCACCACUCCUCAUCCUCGGAGAAGCAGCGGUACUACUCCUGCGACCGCUACGGGAGCCGAGAGCACUGCCACGCCCAGUCCGCCACCGCCAGCCGCUCCGCCUCCCCCAGUGAGGGCCAGGAGCAUGGCCCCAACAAGCAGGGCAGUGGUUCCGCUAAGGGGAGCCCGGUGAUGUUGACCUCCGGGGCCAGCACCCCCUGCCGAGGACGCCGGCAGCUCCCCCAGACCCCCCUGACCCCCCGCCCCGCCGUGGCCUACAGGACUGCUAACUCCUCCCCCGUGCAGUUCUGCCCGCCCUCUCUGUGCCCCGGCAGGCUGAGCCGCGGGCGCUCGGAGCACAACGGCCUCCUCCGUGCCGAACCGGACCCUCCCUCCCCCGUCACCCGCAUCGGCUCUGACCCCUCGCUGGGGCGCUGCGACCCCCGCAGCGGGCUCUACUACACCUUGCUGGAGGAGGCGGCCGUUUUCCAGGACGCCCUGAGCUCCCACGGCGGGCGGUCCCCCCGGGCCACCCCCUCCCACCUACCGCCCGUGGCCCAGAGCCGCGCCGUCCCCAAUGGAUACCACUUCAGCAGGGGCCCCCCCCAGCACCAGGGAGCGGAGGAGGACGAUUGGUGCUAGCACGGCUUUAACACACACUGAGACGCACUGACACACACACACACACACACGCAUACUCUACCACACACAC